UGGGGCACUAGGCUUUAAAAGUGUCAGUGAUCAACACACUUUCACUCUGGAAAUAUCUUUUCCUUUUUUUUUUUUAAUUUUUUUUUUCCUCUAGAGAAUUUUCUUCAAGUUUCAGACCACAUACUACUCUCCUCUCCGGUUCAGUUAUAAGUGUUUGAAGAAGAAAAGGAAAUUCAAAUUUCCUUGGAUUACUAGUAUUGCACAAGAAUGGCAACUAAUGAUAGCAUGUGCUUGGAUGAGAAGAAGAAGAAGAGAUCUAGGGUGGUAGUGGUUGCUGAUAGAACUACCAGAUCAAGAGAAGAGGCAGAUAGAUCCAACUCCUCAAGGCUAUCAGAUGAAGAGGAGUUGCAAAAUGCUGCUCCUCCUGCCCAAGAUCAGCUGGUUGAGGAACUGAAGGGUGAGAUAGAGAAGCUUCAAGCAAGGGUUAGGAAAUUAGAGAAACAGGUUGAUGAGAAAGCUGAAUUAGGAACGGAAGUGGAGAUAUUGAAAGAACAGGUAGAUGAAUUAACAGGAAGUGUUGAGAGUCUGGAAGAUCUUAACCAAGUCUUAACUGUCCAAGAACUUCAGCACAAUGAUGAGUUACAAGAAGCUCGGAAAGUACUAAUUCAAGAAAUUGGAGAAAGUUCAUGCACUGCCACUGAAUUGCAGGAAAUUGGAGAAAGUUCAUCAAAUUCUCAGUGUCUCGUUGGGAUUAAGAGAAUGGGAGAAUUACAUUCAAAGCCAUUUUGUGAUGCAUUAAAAGACAUUUGUAGCUCAUCUUCAGAGGAUCGAUUUUCCGAUCAAUCUGUCCUGCUUUGCAACUUUUGGGAGCAAAUGCUCAAAGACCCCCUUUGGCAUCCAUUUAAAGUUGCCCUUGUUGAUGGCAAACAUCAGGAGUUGCUCGAUGAGGAGGAUAAAUUAUUGAAAGGUUUGAAGAAUGCAUGGGGGGAGGAAGCAUAUUCUACAGUUGUGAAUGCACUUAUGGAGCUCAAUGAGUAUAACCCAAACGGCAGAUAUCCAGUUCAGGAGCUUUGGAACUUUGAGGAGAACAGGAGAGCUACUGUGAGUGAAGGAGUUGAGGAACUUGCUGAUCGCUUGAGAAUGUAUCAUCCUGCCAACUAUCCCACGGGAAGAAAUCUGGAAAAAACAGGAAAGAAAGCUUAGCUGCAAGAAAGUCUUCCCAUUACAGUAACUCUCUUUUGCUUCAAAUCUCUUAGAGUUUGAAUCAGUUGUGUGUUUGCUAGAUCAAAUUAAUAGUUAAGCUUGUUAUUUGAACCAGUUGGUAGUUUUAUGUUCAUGUAGGGAUUCGAUUUUAGUUUCUUGGUUUCUUGGGGAAAACCAUAUUUAAGUUGAUUUGACUGAUUUCAAGCUCAGUUUAUAUAUCAUAUUUAUUGGAUUUCA